CGUUCGUGUUGUACGCGUCCGUGUUUGCUCGCCGGCUUUCUUUCGAUUUCUCCGACAUUCAAAACUUACUCACUGUAACACAAACACAGGAAUCGUUAAUUAACCGGCCGGCUUUUCACGCAAACCACCCGUUUCGUUUACGCUAGUGUUGCAGUGUUUCAAGUUUUCAAGUGCAAUUAUUGUUUACAUUUCCAUUUCUCAUUACAUUCCACCUUCAACCUUCAACUCAACUCAACUCUGUUUACGGGACGCCACAGUAUAUCCACGAUGUCAGACAAGGGCGACCUCUGCGUGCCAGUUUUAGAAACAGUGCCAGCUUGUGACAGAUUUGAAAAUUUGCUUGAAUGUUUCAAGAGAGAAUUUUUUUCAAGUGGCCCGAACUUCGUUGUACGAUGCAGCGGAAGAGUAAACAUCAUUGGUGAACAUGUGGAUUAUUGUGGUUACCCAGUUUUCCCAAUGGCAAUCGAACAAACCAUUUUAUUGGCGGUGGCGCCUUCCAACGAUAACCUUUUGCAUAUUAAAAACGUAGACAACUCUUUCAGACCGUUUAAAUGCAAUGUACAUACCUUCAGCAUUGAUGUGCCUAGCUCUGGUGGUCCGAGCUGGUAUCAGUACGUGUUAUGCGGGGUUAAAGGUAUUUUAGAAGAUUCAAACAUAAACCACGAUGAGCGCCGUGGUAUGCUUAUUAUGUUAUCCGGUAAUAUUCCUCCUGCUUCCGGAUUGUCAAGUUCUAGUGCAAUCGUGAGCGCUUCCGUUUUAGCUACAGCGUUUAUGCAUAAUGUCACUCUCAACAAGCAAAUUCUCGCCACUCUUUCCGCGGAAUGUGAAAAAUUUAUCGGAACUCAAGGAGGCGGAAUGGACCAAGCAAUAGCAUAUCUCGCGCAAGAAGGUUGCGCUCAAUUGAUAGAUUGGAAUCCGCUUCGUGCAACCGCCAUUCAACUCCCACCGAGUGCUGUUUUUGUUAUCGCCAACAGCUUAUCUGAGGCAAAUAAAGCUGCAACAUCAGACUUUAACCAACGUGUGGUCGAGUGUCGACUGGCCUGCAGAUUACUGGCAAAGCAAAUGAAGCUUAAUUGGCGUGACAUAAGCCGAUUUGCUGAUCUGCAGAAAGCACUUGGUUAUACCUUGGAAGAAAUGGAAGCGUUGGUGAACCGCAGUUUAACUAAACUUUCCUACAACAGAGCAGAUAUGCUGCAAAUGCUGGAAAUUUCGGAUGAUGAUUUUUCCGAAAAUUUGCUUACUGCAAACACUCGCAAUAUACAAAUGUUCAAGCUCAAACAACGAUCCCUUCAUGUAUUUCAAGAGGCUCUGCGUGUUGAGAAAUUCAUCGAAAUAGCAAAAACAAUGCCAGCGGAUGCUGUCAAACGCAUGAAAACACUAAUGAGACAAUCACACGAAAGCUUAAAAAUCCUGUAUGAAUGCUCUCAUGAAAAUCUGGACCGAAUUGUAGAUAUUUCGGAAUCGAUAGGCAUAGGCGCGCGACUAACUGGAGCUGGCUGGGGUGGAUGCGUCGUUGCUCUGUGCGAUGGAUUUGAAGAAAGUAAGUGCUUCAUAAAUUUACUUCAAAAAGAAUUUUACGCAAAACAAACCUCAUCGAAACCGGCGGACACUGGUACCCAUGUCUUCGCCACAAGUCCCCAGCGGGGGGCGGAAAUUUAUUUGAUUUCUAGAGUCAGUCAAGUCGAUUCAAAUUAACUUUUUAGUUUGCAAUCGCAAUAUAGUAUACCUCAUAGUUACCAAUUUACACAAAAAUAUGCCUGAGAGAUUCAAAAAAUUCAAUAACAGUAAUAACCAUAGCAAUAGCAAUAGUAAUAGCAUUUAAUUAAUAACGCAGCCCCCGUCUGAUAGAUCACUUGGCAGUGCUCUUCGCUGUCACGCAGCUGGGCUGGGUUCGAAUCCCUGGAUCGGUUGUCACACUGUCCUCAAUGGUUUCGAUUCCCGAUACCGACGUGACAGGGGUUGGCGCGGGACCAAGAACCCCGCCCGUAAAAAACGAAUUGUAACAGAAAGUAUCCAGAGAUUAACAUUGUCUCUGGUGCAGGAUAAGACCGCUCAGCGAUUGUUUCCGAAGAAGAAGAAGAAGAAGAAGAAGAAUUAAUAACAGUGUAGCUAAAGUGUUUUGGUGGGUAGGUCCAUUUUAAUGGGAAUCCCACAUUCCUUCGUGUGACGUGUGACUGUACUUUGACUAUUCCCUCAGCAUAA